UAGGUGGAGAAUGUGGCAAGGUUCAUGUAUUUUAUGGACCCCAAACAGCCAAGCCUCCUGUUUGUCCAUCAGACGGAACGGACCAGAGAGUAUUUUAAUACUCUCUCUGAAGUUGGUCUCAGCAAGCAGACUGUGCAUAACUACAUCAAGAGCGUUAAACGGUUCUUGAAGUUCCACAUCAGCAGCACAGACAUGGAGUUGACAGACCUGCAACUCUACAAUGACUGCCAACUCUACACUGUGUUGUUGUCAGAUAUCCAGGCUGCAAUAACAAAGCAGUUCAACAAGGAGGCGACAAGAAAAGAGUUUCCCAUUCUCACGGAAGGGAGCCUCCAACCAAAGGACUGCUGGGCUGUGUUAGAGGCGGCAAACAAAGAUUUCCUUGCCGUGAUUGCAAAGCUGACUGGACCCAGACAUGUACGUGGCCACCAUCUGACCCUGCCGGAGUCGCAGCUUGUCCUCUACUAUCUAGAGGCAGUUUUGAUUUUGCGUCACCUACACCGCCCUGGUGUUGUGGAGCACAUGACUGUCAAAGACUGGAUGAUCCGCAAACCAUUCCAUGGCAAAGGAGGUCAUGUUGUCGUGAGAGUCCUUGAUCACAAGACUGCAACACAAGUGGCUACCUUUGCUCUCACAUUGGAAGAGGAGAUGUGGUUUGACACCUACUACACAGAGGUUCGGCCAACAACAAAGGCGAAAAGGAAAAAGACUAAUGAAGGUGAAGAUGAUGAUAAAGAGCCAGAGAGAUUCUUCAUCUCAUCCACCGGCAACCCCAUCUACAAUGCCUCCAAUGACUUGGAAAGGCUGCACAAAAAGUACAACUUGCCAAAGGUAAACAGUCAGAUGGCACGUCGGGUAUUUGAGACUGCAACAAAACACAUGUCUGAUACCCAGAGGUCCAUGGUGGCAGACUACCUGAUGCACAGUUCGUCCACUGCAGAGAGGCGUAACAACAGGAUGCAGAUGGACAGUAAUGUUGUGGAAGCAAGUUUACUUCUGCAAAGCGUCGCCACAAGUGAUUCAGAUGGAGAGGGAGGAAGGCAGCAUGCUGGUGGUAGAUGCUUAAAGAUGGACGAGCAACAAGCCUACGACUUGCUUCUCCAGUCCUACCCUGUAACACUGGAUUCUGCACCUCCUAAGCGCUCAGAACGGAUGUCAGUGGCUAAGGAGCACGACCGUCAUUGCUACGACCGCUGGCGUGGUGAUCAAAAACAACUCAGAGUGCAGCAUGUCCUAGAUCAUUUUGGCAGACGGCAACCAAGCGAAUCCAGGGUGCGUAGCUGGAUAGAGAAGCAGGGAUGGACUGCUAACGUUCCAGAUGCUGCCCUGGUGGUGAAGGCAUGGAAACCCUCUGGGAGAGUGGACACUGCCAUGGAGAGCCACAGCAUGCAGAAGUACAUAAAGAAGCAGAAGUGGAAAGGACUGGUUGCUGUUCCUGAGGAAGGAAAGGGCAGGGGUGUUGUAGCCACCAGGCCUUUUCAGAUUGGGGAGGUCGUCUGCGAUUACCAUGGGAAAGUAGUCAGUAGAAAAGUCGAGCAGAAGAGCGUUCUUGAAGAGGCCAAGAAGAAUGCUCAUAGGCUGCUUAAAGAAGGGCGUCGCAUUGAAUACGGCAUCAUCAGGAGAAUUCUGGACAGCGAUGACCCAGAAGAAAAUCUGAUUCAGGAGUUGGAGACGCGAGGAAUUGUUGUUUAUAACAUCCCUCCACACCACCCAGAUUCAGCUGCCUCUGCAGCCCCUUCUGCAGCACCUUCUGCAGAGCCAGAUGAAUCAGAUUUUCCUCCUAUCAAACCUGAACCAGACAGCUCUGGGGAAUACUUCCAAGAGUGA